AUGUGUUUGAACUUGCAGGGUGAACCGGGUGUCCCUGGACGCAACGUGAAAGAGAAUGAAGUGUUCAUCCCUGGUCCUCGUGGUGUCCCUGGAGAACCAGGAACUGAUGGGCUAAAAGGAGCCAUCGGCGGUAAAGGACAAAAAGGAGAUAGUGGAUCUGAUGGGACCCAGGGUCUUCAAGGCCCACGAGGAAUGGACGGUUCCUCUGGUAAAAAAGGAGAGAACGGGUUAACAGGAAUACCGGGAAUGAAGGGACUUGGAGGUGAACCUGGUAGACCUGGAAUCCCAGGAAAUGAUGGAAAAGCCGGAGCUAACGGUCGAAAGGGAGACACUGGUGGUAGUGGGGCAGCUGGACCACAGGGGCAAAAAGGAGAUCCUGGUAUGAAAGGAGGUCAAGGUUUGAAUGGAGUAAACGGAGCAACCGGAGCCUCUGGAAAAGACGGCACCCCUGGUGACGUGGGACCUCAGGGAAUCCCGGGAAUUCCGGGUCCAAAAGGAAUAGGAGGACAAGAUGGUCGAGCUGGUGCAAAGGGAGAUCGUGGAUCUGAAGGAUCAAAUGGUUUACCGGGCCAGAGCAUAACUGGUCCACCAGGAAAUCCGGGGCAACCUGGACCUCAGGGUUUAACUGGGUCUAACGGCAAAGACGGUAGUAACGGUGCACUUGGGUCUAAGGGUGCUCGAGGAGACAUUGGCAUGAAGGGGAACCCAGGAUUUCCCGGUGUCCCAGGAGCUAAAGGAACAAAAGGUGAUGGCGGUGUUGAUGGAGAAAGGGGAUAUCCAGGUGCGGAUGGACGGAAUGGACAAAAUGGUAGUCCCGGACAACCCGGACCUCGUGGACCUACUGGAAGUCUCGGACAACAAGGAGCUCCAGGACAGCAGGGUAAUGACGGAAAAGAUGGGCCUGGAGGACGAAAAGGAGAGGCAGGUGUGCCCGGGUUCCCCGGUAUUCAGGGUCUCAAAGGUAUCAAGGGAGAACGUGGGUCUCCAGGAGGUAGCGAAGGGCCCGGUGUUAUAGGACCUCCUGGUGCACAGGGAGAGAAAGGAGAAAUGGGUAAAGCUGGUCUUAGAGGUGAAAAGGGAAGUCUUGGAGAGGUUGGUGACCCUGGGAGUGAUGGGAAUCCUGGACAAGGAGGUCUUCCAGGUGCGGAUGGCGCUGAAGGUCCUGAGGGAAAAGUGGGAUUGCCGGGUCAACCUGGAAUUAAAGGACAAAAGGGAAGUCUAGGACCUCGAGGAUAUAAAGGAGAAGGCGGAAAAGACGGAGUAGGCCGACAAGGACUUCCAGGAACGCCUGGUAGUAAGGGUAAAGCUGGUGAGAUCGGAACUAAAGGUGAUCCAGGAAGAAACGGCCGGGAUGGAGAUGCCGGCAACGAUGGGUAUCCUGGUAGAGAUGGAGCAAAUGGUGCUCCUGGAGUGGACGGUAUCAAUGGUCUUCCGGGACAAAAGGGUCAAAUGGGUCAAAUUGGACCAAUUGGACUGCCUGGACCAGCCGGAAUGAAAGGAGGCUUUGGAGACAAAGGGGAGCCUGGUAUGUGUCCGGCUACUUGUGAUACCUCUCCUACUGAAGAUCCUUUCAUCGGAGUGAGAAAAGGCGAUGGUGGAGGAGGUGACGGUGCUGCGGCUGGUGAGCGUAUAAAAGGUGCUAGGGGUGAAAAGGGUGAAAUGGGACCCGCUGGACCUCAGGGACGUGUUGGACCUCAAGGUCCGGAAGGAAAACAGGGUAUCCAGGGAGACGCUGGACAAGCCGGCCAGCUAGGAAGAGAUGGAAAGCAAGGUAAUCCUGGUAAUCCUGGUAACUACGGUCUACCUGGUAUGAAGGGAGCCUCAGGAAGAUCAGGUAUUGACGGGUCUAAGGGACAGAAAGGAGAGGGUGGGAGAGACGGCAAGCCAGGAGGAACGGGGUCCUGUGGUGGUGAUUGUGGGUUCCAGGAGUUCCCAUGCACGUGUGACACCCAUAUCAUAGCCAGGCACUCCCAAACUGACCGGGUACCAUCCUGUCCUCCCAACUGGGUCGAGCUCUACAGCGGCUAUAGUUUAGUGUACUUCGAAUCCCAAGGCUACGGCUUGAACCAGGAUCUGGGAGGAGUUGGCAGUUGCAUGGAGGAGUUCCAAGUGAUGCCCUUCUUGCAGUGUGGCUCCCGAAACGUGUGCCAGCAUGGCUCUAGAACGGACAAGUCAUUCUGGCUGACUACCAACGGUCAGGACGACAUAAAAGCCAUGGCUCCCCUGAAGACAGAGGAGGAUAUCCUACCGUACAUCAGUAGAUGUGCUGUCUGCUCUGGGACCCAAUACUCCAUGGCUCGUCACAGCUACAGUAACGAGAUCCCAGAGUGCCCCGCCAACUGGGAGCGACUUUGGGCCGGGUACAGUUACCUGAUGGUAACUGGAGGUGGUGGUGUGGGAGGAGGACAGGACCUGGGAUCUGUUGGCAGUUGUAUGGAGAACUUCUUCCUUCCAUCCUUUAUAGAGUGUGUUGGGAGGGGUAUGUGCUCCUAUUAUGUUAACAACCUCGAUUACUGGCUCGCUGCCAAGAAGGAUCCUAUUCCAGGAAUGUUUGGCAUGGGAAGGAUUUACAACGGACUGGACGAAAUUCAGAAUGAGGGCCUUUCGAGAUGUGCAGUGUGCGCCAAGAAACUACCAUCGCGAAAGAAAAGGUUCCUCUAG